UUUCCAUCGUAGUUUUGCGUCAAAGUUCGAACAAGACUGAAGGUGAGACUUCGUUACUAGGACGCUAUAUGUGCAGGUUUGAGUACUUUGAGACAACCAGGAGCGGACUGGGUACUUACAGGCCAGUUUCAGAAACAACGGGGCAGUAACGAUAAAGAAACAAGGCAAAGAACUCGGUAACCUGCCAUUUGGGGAAAUUAAAUCGACGUUCCUUGCAAUUGCAAAGUCACUGCGCACCUUUAGAAGGACUUGGCUAAGGACUGGAAUGGCACCGAAUCUUAUAGGAACCGCAGCCCUAUUUCUGGCUGAAACCACAUCAGAAGAUACAGUAGUACUUACUGCAAAACCAUCAACUCGCCACCAACAAACGCAGGUUAUAAGACAACCCUUGAAGAACAAUAAACCAAAGUAUAGAUGGACAGUGGUUUGGUCAAACGUACUCGCAUUUUUGUAUCUGCACGUUGGCGGCCUAUACGGUCUCUACCUACUUUUCUUUGGAUGUUCAUGGAAAACCUUUCUAUGGACUACGAUAUAUCUGCACGUUGCCGGUGUGGGCGUAACUGCUGGCGCUCACAGAUUAUGGGCUCACAGGGCGUAUAAGGCAAAAUUACCAAUGAGGAUAUUUUUGAUGAUUUGUCAGACGGCCGCAUUUCAAAACCACAUUUACGAAUGGGUUCGAGACCAUAGGGUGCAUCACAAAUUUACGGACACCGAUGCCGAUCCACACAAUGCCAAGCGAGGUUUCUUCUUUUCCCAUAUUGGUUGGCUCAUGUUGAAAAAGCAUCCAGAUGUUAAAAUUAAAGGUCGAACAGUGGAUAUGAGCGAUAUGGAAGGCGACCAGGUCAUUCAAUUUCAAAAAAAAUAUUACCCAGUUCUUGUACCUCUUCUGGCCUUCAUCUUGCCAGCGUUCGUACCUUGGUAUUUUUGGGGCGAAAAUGGAUGGGUAUCAUGGUAUACUGCAGGGAUUUUCAGAUAUUGUUUCUCAUUAAAUAGUACAUGGCUUGUGAACAGCGCAGCCCAUAUAUGGGGGACAAAACCAUAUGAUAAAACAAUCGGCCCCACACAAAAUCUUGGAGUAGCUCUUACAGCGUUAGGAGAAGGUUGGCAUAACUACCAUCACGUAUUUCCAUGGGAUUAUAAAGCGGCCGAAUUGGGCAACUAUCGUAUGAACUUCACGACUUUCGUAAUUGACUGUUUUUCAAAAAUUGGAUGGGCCUACGAUUUAAAAACGGCAUCAAUCGAAAUGAUUGAGAAACGUGCUAAGCGUACGGGUGACGGAUCAAGAGCUUCAAGCAAUGGGGAUGGUGAGAUAACUAACGACCAUAGCCAUCACCAUGACGAUACGAUUUGGGGCUGGGGAGAUAUGGAUAUGAAGCUGGAGGACGUUCAACAUGUAAAAGUUUAUAACCGAUUGAAGGAAACUUAGUGUAAUAAGAAAUUAAAUUCUAAAUUCGUAAAUUAUUAAAGUGUAACAUUUGCAGUUAGGUGUUGGAUAGUUUGAAUUUCGAUGUUUAUUUAUUAAAAAUAAUGACUGAUAGCACCAACGUGUGCCUAAAUGUGUAUUUGAAUGCUAGCAUACUAGACCGUACACACUGUUUCACAAUAAUUAUUGAUAGAUUAUCUCUACUGUACAAAGCUAAUCAUUUGUUUCUAUAUAACCAAAGAAUUAAUAAUAUACUGACCAAACUGACCCCAAAUUUGAAAUCAAUGUUACUGUAAUUUUUUAUUGUAUUACAAAGGCUGUAGAAUCAAUAAAUGAAUUUUGUACAAAAUAAAUAGGACAGCCAAGCGA